UUUACCAAAUGUCUUUUGCUUCGUUCAUUUUCCUUUACGUGUCCCCCAAAUCUCUCUCUCUCAUAGCAGCUUGGCCCCCGGCGGUGAUCCACAAGAUUCGGUGGUGUUUUUUCCAUCACAAAACCUCAUCUUCUUCCUGUAGAUUCUCAUAUAUUUCACCCGAUCAUAAUCCACAGCCAUGACUCCUGAGUAUGACUACCUAUUCAAGCUUUUGCUUAUUGGAGAUUCUGGUGUAGGAAAGUCAUGUCUACUCUUGAGGUUUGCUGAUGAUUCUUACUUGGACAGUUACAUAAGCACCAUUGGAGUUGAUUUUAAAAUCCGUACUGUGGAGCAAGAUGGCAAGACUAUUAAGCUUCAAAUAUGGGACACUGCGGGGCAAGAACGUUUUAGGACAAUCACAAGCAGCUACUACCGAGGGGCACAUGGCAUCAUAGUGGUUUAUGAUGUGACAGAUCAAGAGAGCUUUAAUAAUGUGAAACAAUGGCUGAGUGAAAUUGAUCGUUAUGCAAGUGAGAAUGUGAACAAGAUUCUUGUUGGAAACAAAUGUGAUCUUGUUGCAAAUAAAGUUGUUUCAACUGAAACAGCCAAGGCAUUUGCUGAUGAAAUCGGAAUUCCUUUCUUGGAAACAAGUGCAAAAGAUUCCACCAAUGUGGAACAGGCUUUCAUGGCCAUGACUGCUUCCAUCAAAGACAGGAUGGCGAGUCAACCCUCAUUGAAUGCAUCAAAGCCACCAACGGUCAACAUUCGUGGUCAACCCGUCUCACAGAGCAGUGGAUGCUGCUCUUAGUGUGAUUGCUUGUAUUUGGAUGGAUGACGUGGAAAAAAAAAUGUAAAAGUAUCGUUUGUGUUAGCCAUGAACUCUUUUUUUUUUUUUUUUUUUUACUUUGUUGGGAUUGUAUAAAAGUCAAGAAUUCUUUAGUUUAAUGUUUUUAGUGGUUUGUUUGGUAUGUCCAAAAAAAACACAAAUUUGUUGUCAUCGAUUUAUGUGUUUGAUCAGAUACUAUUUCGAAUUUGUUAAAAUCGUGGUUUAAAGUUUUUA